UUUUAACAAAGAUUUACUUUUAAACGUACGUACAUCGAUGAUACUGAGUCUAGUGACAUAAUACAAUUUGUAUUUGACUUACUUUUUUUUUAGACCGUACUCCAAUCAUGUCUCUGCAGGUACCACCGUAAUGGGUUCACAAAUUGCCAAGGUUAUUGAAUCGAAAAAUCAGAAAUACCAAAUGGGCCAACUAGUAUUUUGUCAAAUUGGCUGGAGAAGCCACAGCAUUAUUAAUCCAAAUAAUUUAACUGAAAGAGAUUCAAUGCCAACUUUUUAUAUGUUGCCAGAUUUUGGAAGUUUAUCUCCAUCAUUAGGGCUUGGAGUACUGGGAAUGCCAGGAAAUACUGCCCUUUUUGGUUUUUUGAAUAUAUGCGAUCCAAAACCGGGUGAAACGGUUGUGAUAAGCGGUGCUGCUGGAGCAGUCGGAUGUCAUGUUGGGCAAAUCGCUAAAAAUUUAGGCUGUUAUGUAAUAGGAUUUGCUGGAACUGAUGAAAAAGUUAAAUGGCUGAAAGAUGUACUUAAGUUUGAUGCAACGUACAAUUACAAAACGAAAGAUGUUACUGUUGCUCUUCAAGAAGCUGCACCACAUGGUGUAGAUUGUUAUUUUGACAAUGUUGGAGGAGAAUUAAGUAGUGCAGUUAUAUAUAGAAUGAAAAAUAGAGGACGUAUAUCAGUUUGUGGAUCAAUUUCAUCGUACAAUUCUAAUCCAAAAGAGUUGCCAAAAGUUCCCUUAUUACAACCAGCAAUAAUUUUCAAACAAUUAAAAAUAGAAGGAUUUAUUGUGAGCAGAUGGGGUGAAAAAUGGAUGGAUGGUAUUCAACAAAACCUUAAUCUUAUUAAGGAGGGUAAAUUAAUUCAUCCAGAGCAUAUCACUGCUGGAUUUGAGAACUUACCUGAAGCAUUUAUGGGAAUGUUGAGAGGUGAUAACAUUGGGAAAGCGUUAGUGAAAGUUUGAACUAAUUUUAAUUUUUAAACGAUAGCAUUAAAUUUUGCAAUCGCUUAUUUUGUAAAAUAAUUAUUUUAUACUACACAUACUAAAAUAAAAUUAUGUACUCUUCAACAGAA